CCAGAUUGACAACUUCUGCAAAACAGGGGCUACGUGGUAAAUUCAAUUCCGGCACAAAGGUCUACAACGAUUUCCGCCAUGGCCGUAGCUCAUUGCUUCUCUCUGAUAGUGUAUUUCCCGUCAGGUCCGAGCUCCGGCUUCCUCUGCUUCUCCCCGCAAACGAGACUGAGAGAUUCAUAUACUCCGGCCUCCUCCAAUCCCGCCGGAGGGAUAUGUAGAGAUGCUAGGGAUUUCAUACGGAGAGUUGUUUCUCUUGCUCGGAGCUACCGCCGCUUUAAUUGGACCUAAGGACCUUCCAAUCAUAGCCAGAACGGCCGGAAGGUUAUCUGGCCGUGCUAUUGGCUAUGUUCAAAUGGCGCGCGGUCAAUUCGAGAGUGUCAUGCAGCAAACUCAAGCUCGACAGGUACAUAAAGAACUUCAAGAUACAAUUGCUCAAUUAGAAGCCAUAAGACAUGAAAUCCGGACUAUUUCUUUCAUGAAUCCUGGUCCAUUAACCACAAGACUAGUAGACAACAUCAACAAUAUACCUGCAGCUGGAGCUGAUAUAGUAGAAACUGGACCUGAAAAACCUGAUAAUGAGGAGGCCACAACAGUGACCAUUACACCCAAGUUGCAGGAUCCAGACCCAAAGGUCUCAACAUCUUCUGAUAUGCACAGCCAAGCAACUGCUUAUGCAAAAUUGGCAGAAAUCACAUCAGCAAAUGUUGGGUCUGUAAAUAGCGAAGCUCUCAAUGAGCUUAUUGAUGAAUCUGGUAACCUUGUACUUCCAGUCUCUGCUAAAAGUGCAGGGUUGUUGCCUGAUCACAAAGCUGAAGUGAAGGGAUCUGACAUUGUGUUAGAAGCUAUUCUAGAGGCGGAUGUGGCACAAAAUGCAAAGAAGUUCUUCGUACAGAACCAAAACCAAAUAAAAUAUGAAUGAGAGCUUCGUUUCUGUCCCCCCAAUCAAAACCAUGAUUUCAGAAUCUUCAUUUAUUGGUUGUGACUUGGAGAUUGAUGUGGCGUUCUGAUUUCUAUGCUGGAAGAGACCAAACUAUUUCCAUGGGAAGCUAUUUCGUUCGGUUUUGACAUGGUAAAAAUAGCUUACAAUGUCUGUUCGUUUGCCCACAUAUUGGUCCGACAUGUAGAGCUUAUUAGUGUACAUUGUGGGAUUUGCUUCUCAUGAAUACUCUAAAAUACCAUAGAUUUUGUAUCUGUUACAGUAAACCUGGAUAGCUCACUGAAUUUGAAAUUAAUUUGCCCCACUAUCAUAGCUCUUUAAUUGUAGUGUCUGUGUAAAGCUCUAAUUUUUUUGGGAAGGGUGUUAAAGUAAAUACCAAAUAAUAAAGAGAAAUUAAAAUAGAAAUGAAUGAAAUGGUGAGGUCUACAUGUUUUUUCUUUUA